GGUCUUUUUUUUCCUCUCUCUCGGUCGUUCUCUGCCUGUCCGUCUGUCGCUCUCUCUCUCCGCCUCUCCUCCGCCCGGCGCCUCGGCCUAGGGUUAGGCAGCUCCUGCGCGCGGGCCAGGUCUUCGUCGGGCGCUUCGCCGGCCGACAGGUUGAACUUCUCAAGGACACAGUGCAGGGUGGGCUGUGAGGUACUCAGCCAUGGUUUUUCUUGAGGCAGAGAUGUCAUGGAAUGUGUUGAUCUCACCUAGCCAGCUGGACCGCAAGGGCCUCCUGCUCCGCAAGGCUAUAAUUGUGCGUCUUCUGGAGGAUGUUACCAACAGGAGGGCUUCCAAGGAGCAUGGGUACUACAUUGCCGUCAAUCGGCUGAAGGCAAUAUCUGAAGGGAAAGUGCGUGAGCUCACUGGAGACGUUCUGUUCCCAGUCACAUUCACCUGCAUCACGCACAAGCCUAUGAAGGGUGAUAUCAUGGUUGGAUACGUGGAUAGGAUCCUCAAGCACGGUGUGUUUCUCAAAUCUGGACCUGUCGAGAGCAUCUUCAUGGCUGAGAAGUCGAUGGGCGGCUACAAGUACAUUGGCGGGGAGAACCCAAUGUUCAUGAACGACCACUCAAAGCUGGAGAAGGACACCGCCGUGCGUUUCAAGGUCAUGGGGUACCGCUGGAUGGAAGCCGACCGCCAAUUCCAGCUCCUUGCCACGAUUGCUGGAGACUUCCUUGGGCCUGUGUGAACUGGUUCGACAGAUUAAACGUGGCACUGAUGUACAUUGCUUGUUGGACGAUCCAUGGAUGGGUGGGUGGUUGUGAUGUGCUAGAUUUAACUUUGCAGUCAGUAGUUUGCUCUGUAGCGUCAGGGCAUGACCGAUGUCUUCUGUGACGGUAAUGCUUAUGGCUGAUGCCGGGCCAUUUGGCUCCGUGGUUUAACAUCAGUGUACUGUGAUGAACCUUCGUUGUCAAUUGGUGUUCCUUCCUAUGCUUGCUUGCAGGUAUAUGAUGCAUGGUGUUUCUUGAUCUGGUCA